CAGAGCAAGCAUUGUUUGGGUGAAUAUAAAAUUUGAUAGUGAAUAUGGCGGCUGUAGAAAAACCUAUCGUAGAUAAAAUGUCAGCAAGUAUGACUUCUAGUAUCACUGGAAUGGGACUUGGUGGAAUAACUGGACUUGCAACUGCUCUAAGUACACUGAGCUGUCACUGUGAGCAACCAAUUACAAUUUGUGGAAUGCCGACAAAUUAUGUACCAGGCUUAUCGGCGAAUUACAAUAUUUCAAGCUUUUGUCAGCGUCCCGGUCAAACUCGACGUUGGCCUAUGCAGCGAGCUGGUCCAACUGCUCAGUUUAAACCUGGUCGUUCCCACAGCACAGGGGCUCUACAUCGAUUAAAUCAUUCAUCGAGAAAUAGCCCUAAUACGCAAUACAUUCAUAAUUUGAUAUGUAAAUUGGCUGACCAAAAUGAACGCCGUCGCCGUCAAGAUGCUAUGGAAAUGAUACCUCAAAGUUUUUACGAUCAGCAACCUCUCAAGGUAGAGCUUACCGAAUUUUAUUCAAGGGAUAAUGCAAAAGAGCAUCAUACGGAGCAGUAUGAUUUAGUUAAUGAUAACAUAUUUCCGAAUCCUAUUCUAAGACGUGGUCAGAAAUUCCUUUUUGCUGUACGUUUUGAUAGAAUUUCUGACAAACAGCAGGAUGUUAUUCAUGUUGUAUUUUGUUGCGGUCCUAAACCCAACGUGACAAAAGGAACUCGAGUGAUUUUACCAGUGCAAUGGAACACGCAGCCAUGUUUAUUUCAAUUCCCUCGUGAUGUUAUUGGUUCUGGAAUAGGAAUGAGCGUCGGUCUUCCGCGAAUCCAAGACGCGAGCACAUUAACCACAACAGUAGGCACAACUGUUACAAUGAGUCCUGUCAGUACCGUAAGGGAUACGUCCACAUAUGGUGUACGUCGUAGUUCUUUUGGUAACGAACCGGCUCCUGCUCAGCCAAGUCCUCUCAGCCCACAUGGCACUAUUGAGAGGCCAGUUAUUGAUCGUUUUAGCGCUGUAACUCCUCCGCCACCCACGUAUGGUCGCAGUGUUGGAACGCAGCAAGGCUGUACGCAAAAUCCUACAAAUUUCAUUUCCGAGUCUGAUAAAUGGGACAUAAGUAUCCAUCGUCAAGAUGGUAAUACCAUUACAUUUCAAGUUAAUAUACCUUCAACUGCACCUGUCGGUUUGUGGAAUUGUUGGGUGCAAACAAAUCGUUUAGGGCAGCGGGAUAACCGUAACGAUUAUAAAUGCGAUGAAGAUAUUUAUAUCCUUUUUAAUCCUUGGUGUCGAGAAGAUACUGUUUACAUGGAGAAUGAUGAAUCUAAAAAAGAAUACGUUUUAAAAGAACAUGGAAAAUUGUGGUGUGGAACUUGGAGUCAACCCAUUGGCCGCAAGUGGAUCUUUGGACAGUUUGAUGAUGUGGUGCUGCCUGCCUGCAUAUAUCUUCUAGAGCGUAGUGGCUUAGAACAUUCAGAGCGAGGAAACCCAAUACGAAUUUGUAGGGCUAUUUCAUCUAUGAUAGACGCUAAUAAUGAUGAUGAUGGUUUGAUGGUGGGCCGGUAUGAUGGAGAAUAUAAAGAUGGAGUUGCUCCUCAUGCUUGGACUGGGUCCGUUGCUAUUCUUGAACGUUAUUUGACAGAUGGAGGUCGACCCGUUGAAUAUGGCCAAUGUUGGGUGUUUUCUGGAUUGGUUGUUACUAUUUGCCGAGCCUUAGGUAUCCCAUGUCGCUCCGUUACAAAUUAUGUAUCAGCUCAUGAUACAAACGGCACAUUUACAAUUGACAAAUUCUUUGAUAAAGAGGGUAAUGUAGUACCGAACGGACCUGACGAAGACUGCUAUGAUUCUUGUUGGAAUUUUCACGUUUGGAAUGAUGUUUGGAUGCAAAGACCUGAUCUUCCGCAAGGUUACGGAGGCUGGCAAAUAAUAGAUUCAACACCACAGGAAGGAGCCGAAUCGGUGUUUAAAUGUGGUCCUGCUAGUCUAGAAGCAGUCCGACGAGGUGAAGUCGGUUUUCAAUAUGACACUGCUUUUAUAUAUUCAGAAAUAAAUUCUGAACUAUGUCAUUUUCAACAAGAAGAUAACUCUCAGUGGGGUUUUGCCAGAGUGGCUUCUAAUCAAAACCAAGUCGGACGCAAACUUGUUACGAAGAAUCCUUCUGCCGAUGACGCGGAAGGCGAUAGUGAUUUACUCGAAAUAACGCAAGAAUAUAAGGCUUCCAAUGGAUCAGGCCCGGAUCGGCUUUCCGUUAUAGCAUCUUGUCGUGGAUUUCAACGUUUACAACAAUAUUACGAGAUGCCCAAUCAAAGCCAAGAUGAUGUAACAUUUGAUCUUAUGGAUAUUGAAGUUGUACCCUAUGGUCAACCAUUUGAUUGUUCGAUGAAUAUUCAGAAUAAAUCAACUGAGGACCGAACGAUACUAUGCAUACUAACUGCGUCUUCCUGUUACUACACUGGUGCGAUUGCAUCACGGUUAAGAAGAGCUCAAGGCGAGUUUAUCAUUCGUGCGGGACAGCGAGAAGUGCUAAAGCUGCAUGUUACACCUCAAGAAUAUAUGGAUAAGCUCGUCGAUCAUUCAAUGAUAAAGGUUCAUGCCAUGGCUUAUGUAAAUCAAACACAUCAGGCGUGGUCUGAUGAGGAUGAUUUUCCGUUGCAUAAGCCAAAACUACAAAUACAGGCUCGUGGUCAGCUGAGUGUCGGUCAAGAAAGUUCAUUGGUCUUCAGCUUCCAAAACCCCUUGACUGUACAUUUGACAGAAUGUUAUUUUACAUUUGAGGGUCCGGGAAUACAAAGGCCACGACAGGCUCGUAUUCGGGAUGUGAAGCCCGGAGAACUAGUUUCCUAUCAAGAUAAGGUUCUGCCUCAGCGUGAGGGCGAUAUUCACGUCGUUGCUACAUUUUCAUCUCGGCAAAUUGACGAGAUCUUUGGAAGUGCUGUUAUUAACGUGAAGGGCUAGCAAGAAACGGGGCCCAAAUCGCCUCCCGCGGUAAAUUGUUUGGGCCCUACCACACAUACGGUGCACAUCGAUGUCGAUUGUUCCUUCACGUCCUAUUUAAUGCCAGAGCAUCAUUUGUACGUAAGAGAAGCUGAUACUCUUAUAAAAACUGUAUGAACAAAUGAAUAUAGUAUUUUAUGGUGUCAACUGUCGAGUGUGCAAAUUUUAUAUUAGAAUUAUGUUAUACAUGUAAUAGUUAUUAUAUUAUGGAUUUUAAUACGACAUGGCUAUAUACAACGGUAAUCUGAUAAUAUUUACUGAAAAACACUGUGCAUUGUAAAAAAAAUUAUAAAAAAAAUGAGCACAUGAUAUGCACUUGGAUAAAGGUGGAGGGACGACGUUGGAACCGAAGUAACGUGCCAUUAUUAUAUAAGCAAUUUUUGCUAUUUCUGUGUGUGUUUUUAGCUACUUAUUGAUAUUUUAAAUGUUUUAUAUUAAGUAAUGUUUUACUGUCGCUCUUUGUAUGUUUGUGGCAAAUUAUAUAC